AUGGCCUGGCAUCAAGCAAAGCUGGCACUGCCAAGACGCGCCAAGGGUGUCUACAUCAUCACACCAGAUAUACUCAAGGCGCUUCCUGCGAUUAAACAGCUUCAAAUCGGCGUGCUACAUGUUUUUUGCCAACACACGAGUUGUGGUCUGACAAUCAAUGAGAAUUACGAUCCUGAUUCUCGUGCUGACUUGCGGGAUGCAAUGGAUCGCAUUGUUCCGCAAGACACAUCCAAGUCUGGCACGGAGCUGUAUAGACACAAUGAUGAGGGCAGAGAUGAUGAACCGGCACAUAUUCAGUCAUCGCUGGUUGGUGUCAACUUGACGAUUCCCAUUUCGAAGGGUAAGUUGCAGCUUGGUACUUGGCAAGAUAUCAUGCUUUGCGAGUUUCGAGAGAGUCCGCAUCAGCGAACCUUGAUCUUGACUGCUCAGGGCGAAUAA